UUAUACAUUGAGUGGAAAAUUUUCGAUGCAUCGAUGUUUUUCCGACAUUCUUAAAAGUCACGUGUGAAGCAAAAUGGAAGUUAAUAAGUUUAAUCAUUCGGUGAAAGUGCCUACACAAUACAAAAGAACUGCAGCAGUUUUAAAAUCUGCGUUGGAUCGUAAAAAAUCACUGAAGUCACUAAUUUUUGAAGAGAAACAUGUGCGCAUGCGAGGCAUGCAAGCGGUGUUAAAGCAAUAUAUUGACAACCGAGUGGCCAUUGACAACGCCAUUGAACAGACAAGGCUUUUAGAAGACAACCCACGUUUAUGUCCUUUCCUCUGCAAGAUUCUCGUAACAGAACUAAUUUUCGGACGGAAAACGUUAAACGGUGAAAGUAAACCCGUACAUACUGUUCGCAAUUAUCGGGAAAAACUUUUUGAAAUAUUGGGUGCUUCUGUUAAUGAAUCAAGGGAAACUAAAGUUUUGAAGCCUCGCUAUGUACGUGUUAAUACAAAUUUGGUCAGCUUGGCUGAAGUCUUUGAAAUGUUGGCGAAUGAGCAAUGGCGUCGAAAAGAAAAGUCCGACUUUGAAUCUUAUAAUGAUUUCUUAGCCGCUAUCGCUUCACUUGGGGAGGAUGAAUACAUAGAGGAUAUACAUUUAGACGACCUUUUGAUAUUCCACUCUAAACAGAAGCAUUACUGGGCGUGCCAUCAGUUUGUCAAAGAUAAAAAAUUAAUGCUUCAGGAUAAAGGUACUUGCCUGGUAGCGGAGCUCCUGCGCCCACCACCCGGUUCCAUUGUACUUGACUUGUGUGCAGCACCGGGAAUGAAAACAAUACAUGUUAGUAAUGUUAUGAAAAACAAAGGGACUAUUUACGCUAUUGAGCAGAGCUCAGAUCGCUACCGACUACUAUGUAACAUGACUCAAUCUGCCGGCUGUGAAAUAGUCAACUGCAUUCAUGCGGACGCAUUAGCUAUUGAUAGCACCCAAUGCCCAGGCGUUGAGUACAUACUCGUGGAUCCAUCAUGCUCCGGUUCUGGUAUGCAAAACCGGAUGUCGUUAGAUCCAGAUGAAAAAGAUCCUAGACGCUUGAAACAGCUAGCUGGUUUACAAAUCAAAAUGCUAUCGCAUGCCUUAAGUGCAUUUCCAAAUGUGAAACGCAUUGCAUACUCUACAUGUUCUCUAUUUGAAGAAGAGAAUGAACAAGUGGUUCAGCGUUGCCUUCAAUUAAAUCCACAAUUCAAGUUGCUAAGUGGUAAGAAAGCCUUGCGCAAUAAAUGGAAUCAUGUCGGUAAUGCUUCCUAUAAGAAGAUUGGUAAAAAUUGUCUUUACACCAGGCCAGACCAGGACCACGCUGACGGAAUAUUCAUAGCAAUAUUUGAAAAACAACGCAUAGACGAUGAUACAGAGUAAUAUCUUCAAAUGAAUUCAUGCAAUUAAAAUAUUAUUUUUCUAAAAUGUGAAUGGAAAUGUAUACAUAUGUAUAUAUGAAUGUAUGUAAGGGGGGAUCCAUCUAGACCUUUGUUGUUUUAAUUUUAAAUAAAACACUUAAAACUGGA